UGGCCGUUAUGCUCCGCGCUGGAGCUGCCACGGUUUCACUUUCAGUUUCCGCGCUGGGGCGAUGGCGGAGUCUCUGCCGCCAGUGUGGUUGGAAGAGGAGCUGACCUGCCCGAUCUGCCUGCAGAUCUACACCGACCCGGUGAUACUCAACUGCAAGCACAGCUUUUGCCACGCUUGUAUCGAGGAGUCGUGGAGGGAGCCGGAGUCAGGCCUCUACUCCUGUCCAGAAUGCAGGGCGAAUUACAGGGAGAGGCCUGUCUUGAAGAGGAAUUUCAAGCUGGCGAAUAUAGCUCAGAAAUACCAGGCGGUGAACGGAACUCCGGUAGCUCUGCCCUGCAAUUACUGCACCAAGAAAAAACUGUCAGCUGUUAAAACCUGCCUGAAGUGCGAAGCCUCGAUGUGUGCCAAGCACCUCAAGCACCACCGGGAGAACGCUGUGUUCAAGAACCACCCUCUCAUAGACCCCACUGCCGACAUGUCGACAUGGAAGUGCCUGGAGCACAAGAAGCUGCUGGAGAUCUAUUGCAAGGAUGACAAAGUUUGCAUCUGCUGCCUCUGCCCUGUGGUGGGGAAGCACAAGAACCACAACUGUGUCAGCAUCAGUGAAGGGGAGCAGGAGCUGCGGGAUCAUUUGCAACAGCAGAUAGAAAAGGUCCGGGCUAAUACAACCGCCAUCCGGUCUGGCAUUCUGCACCUCCAAGCACAGAGGGAUAAUGCACAGAGCCUGAUCAGAGAAAGCAAAGCCAAAGUUCAGGAGAGGUGUAAUGCUCUGCGGAGGUACUUUGAAAAUGAGGAAAAAGAAGCAUUGAAGUAUCUCGACACAGUCCAGAACCAGGUGACACAAGAAAUUGAUGCACAGAUUUCUGCACUGGAAAACCAAAUGGAACUUUUUGAGAAAAAUAUGGAUGAUUUCAGUAAUCUUUUAAUGAAGAUAGAAAAACUAGUUUUCAUACAGGGUUUUAAUUCAAUGAGAACAAGAAUAAAAGAGGCAUCUGAACCACUAGGGCCACAGCCUCCACCUCCUGAUGUCAGUAAAAUCACAGCAGAUAAAGUAAACUGGAUACAGAAGCAGUAUGAACUGGUAUCCCGGCUUGAAAAGGAUCGAGACGUAAUGGCAUCUGUGUACGGACAGACACCGACUCUAGAUAUGGAGACCGCUCAUCGCAGUGUCCUUCUGUCAGAUGAUAGGCGGUUGGCUUCUGGAUCCCGGUCCAGACAGCCCUACCCGCCCUCUCGGAAAAGAUUUGACUGCUGGGGGCAGGUACUCUGCUCCGAGGAAAUCAACGGCGGUCGCUCUUACUGGGAGGUGGAAAUUUCAGGAGUUCAUGGCAGAUGGGCGGUUGGGGUCUGUUACGGCAGCAUAAAGCGAAAGGGGAGGAAUAAGGAGUGUGUGCUGGGAGAGAACAAUAAAUCCUGGAGUGUGGGCUCUGGAAGCAGCAGUAGUUUUUGGAGCUACCUGUCAGGAUCAUGUUCAGUUGUCGCCCUACACAAUGAUAAUGUUACAGAUCUGACUGUUCCAAUAUUCUCUAAAGUGGGAGUCUUUGUAGACUUUGAUGCUGGAAUAAUUUCAUUUUACAGUGUAUUGGACAGCAAACUAAACCUGAUAUGCACAUUUCAGCAACAAUCAUUCUCUGAGUCUCUUUACCCAGCUCUGAAAGUUAGUGAUUGGAAUACAUCACUGAGAAUAUGUUCUCUUAACUGAAUAGUUGAUCUUUUUUUUUAAAACCAUGUUUUCCUUAAGGCUCUUAUUAAAGUAGAAAACAAAGUAGGCUGGUUAUUCCUUUUUGCAUUGAACCUUGAAAUGCAAGUUGGUAGGAGGUAAGAGUGGCCUUGUUCACUCUCCUCAGAAUGAGUCCACCAACUCCUCACUGGGGGGGGAGGGGGGAGCUCCCAUUCUGUGGAAGAAAUUCAAUUCUGCAGGCGGCACAUGCUUCAUGGCAUCUGUGAUCAUUGAUAGGGGCUCAAUACCCAUUGCUGCCUGUAAGGAGUUUGUACGUUCUCCCAGUGACUGCAUGGGUUUCUCCCUGGCACUCUGGUCUCCUCCCACAUUCCAAAGACAUACGAUUAGGAUUAGUGAGUUGUGAGCAUCCUAUGUUGAUGCCGGAAGCAUGGUAAUACUUGCGGCUUCCCAGCACAAUCCUUGCUGGUUGAUUUAAUCCAAGCAGCACAUUUCACUGUAUUAUGUUUUGAGGUACUGUACAUAUGACAAAUAAAGCUAAUCUUUUAUCUUAAAAAAAAAAGGGAAGUUUACCUAGCUACCAACAAUAUUCCAGGAAAACUUAGUUUAAAAGUUUCAAGUGUUGGAAGAGUUGGUAGUUACCUAAUCAGUCAGCAGAAUCUGGUUAAAUAUCUUGACAAAAAAAUGUAAACCAUGGAGAUGAUGUAGAGCAAAUACUGAUUCAUUGCCAGCACUAGUCUCAGAUUAACUAUUUUUCUUAUCACUUUUGUUUGAAAUGGGAAGAGGAGAUUACCCGAAGAUGAUUUUUGGUUUGGAACUCCAUUAACUUACAGAAUGAAUGAUGGUUUGGAACUCCAUUAACUUACAGAAUGAAUGAUGGUUUGGAACUCCAUUAACUUACAGAAUGAAUGAUGGUUUGGAAGCUAUUGUUCUAAGUUGGCAGUUCAAUGCUGAACCUCUUCUGUUUCCACUUGGGUGGAUGCCAGGUCUUCGGCCUUGUCUUGGAUUCUUGUUCCACCAUCUUCCAUCGUAUUUGUUCAAGCUUGCUAUCUUAAAUUCAAGUCUGUUGUACUUCAGCCCUCCUGAACUUGUUGGUUUCUUUUGCUUGAGAACUUUCCACCCAGUUCUCCUUACAAAUUCACCGUCUUUCCAUUCAGGAUUACUGCUGACUUUUUAGAUGGUGAAAUGUGACUUCCUCACCAUCAAAUGUCACUGUUACCUGUCGUGUGAGAGAGCUAUCCUUGGGUCACCUGCGGUUGUACCGUCAUCUGAGAUCAUGGCAUUUUUUAGACUUCCACCAUUCUUCCAGUCACUGCAGACUUUAAAUUGUACCAAAGUUCUCCAGAGCUUUGGCAAACUUGACGCCGUUACUUGUCUCUGAGCUAUGGAGCAGGUUUUCACUGUUCUCUUGGCUUGGUCUCAAUUGCCCUACUUUCCUGGCUGACUUGUUCUCUGUUGCCUCUCAGCAGUGUUAAAUGUAGAGCUAGAUAUCCUAUUCCCAGCUCCCUGAAUCUACUUCUUUAUGACCCACUGCCCAUUGAUCUAAGUGUAGCUGGCAUAUCUCCUAGAAUUGCCUUUAUUGGAGUCUUCCCUUCCCAUCCUGUGUUAUCCUGCUCCCAGGCAAGGUUAUCCUAAAACUCUUGCUACUUUGGUACCAACAAUAAUUACUAAAUGAUAUGAUUUUAAGAAGGGUGGGAGGAAUUGAUGAAAACGUGAGGAGAAUAAAAUGGAGUUAGUCUAGGGUUGGUAUAGAUGAAUGGUUGAUGGCUCGCCCAGACUUGGUAGAUUGAUGGGCCCGUUUCCGUACCUCUGAAUAUACAGGAGGGGGCAGACCUGGGUUUCAGGUGCACACAUCUUCGAAUCUGAUUUGACGGUUCAUAAAGUAGUGAAUAAAAUGGGCUGGGUUUUAAUUACAAGUUUGGAGAACCACAGCCAGGAAAAGGUGCUUAUUGUUUUAAUGAAAGGACCCUCUAGAUCAGCUGUAAGGUAUCCAAUUCUUGGUACCACACUGUAGGAAAAAUGAGAAUGUUUUAGAGAGGAUCCAGGGAGAUUUAUUAGAAAGGUUCAGAAAUGAUGUGAGUAGACUAUAGAAGCUCAGAGCAAAGGUAGAUAGAGGGAUAAAUGAUAAAAUGCUUAAAACCUUUUAAGAGUUCAGACAUAAAUAAAGAGAAACUUCCCAGUGGCUGAAGCGCCAAUAAGCAAAGGCUAUGGGUUUAGAGCCUUUGGGAGAGAAUGUGCUGAGUGGGUGGUGGACACAGAUUCAGAGACACCUUUCAGUAGGAAAGUGAAUAAAUACUUGAAAGAGAAGAUAUGCAGCAAUAGGAGAAUGAAUGGGAUCAGGGACUAACUGGGUUACGGUGUUCGUGGGCUGAUGAAAAUGAUUCAGCGUUCAUUUAUCCACCCGAUGACUCCGAUCAUCAGUUGUUGUACUGUGUAAUUAUCUCCAUGCUAUCAAAAUGAAUGACUCACUGAUGUCACAGCUUGAUCAUGACUCCUUCAACUGAAUACCAGACUGAUUGAAGUGAACAUCGUUGCCCUCUGUUUUUAAAUUGCUCCAUUGCCAUUGGGCACGAUCCUUCACUUUGAUACCCAAUUCACUUUGUGUGAUUUCUUAACGUCCUGAUUAAUCAGGAAUGAACUUUCCCAUCACGGAAACUGCUAAUUUCCUCCUUCCUGGCAGCUUUUUCCUCUGUUGUACUUCAGCCCAUUCUUAAAAUAUUUUCAUUCAGAUAACGUGAAUGAGAAGGAAACCAUUUGACUUUAGGCAAAUAUUAUUGGUCUGGUCAAGAAGUGGAGGGAGGAGCAACAAUGCAAGAGAAUACAAAAUAAAUGGAAGAAUACAUUUGCUUAGUGUGGAGGGAAAAGAUACCUGGAAUGUGCACCCUUGUAUCCUUAAAGGUAGUAGGACAAGUAUAUGGUUUUUUAAAAGAAGUAUGUGAUGCCAUCCUUAAUUAACUGAAGCACUGAAUAAUCGUCCAUAGUCAGGAUUCUGAAGAAAAGCUUGUAGUUUAUGUUUGUUAGGCCACAGGUUGAGUAAAGUGCACACUUCUGGCCAGCAUAUUACAGAUGAUAUUGGAGAGGGUGCAGUGAAGAUGUACGAUGAUGUUUCCAGUGCUGGAACAAAAUAGUUUUGAGGAAAGUUGAAAUAUGCUGGGGAAUACUUGGACCAGAAGAAGAAUAGAUGGUCUUAAUCGAUGUAUACCAAAUCAUGAAGAGCCUCAAAAGAAUAAGUUGGAAAAUUGGAGCGAAUGGGCUAUAAAUCAGGGGUUAGAUUCAGAUAAUUGGUGGAAGGAUUAGAAGAAAAGGUGGAACUGGAGGAAAGCACUUUUCAGUAAAGAGAACGCAGGGUUCUGAAACUUAUUGCCGGAAAGGUUGGGUGGGGGGGGGGGGGGGUGUGGGGUGGAGUGCAGAAAUUCUGUUUACAUUUAAAAAGUAUCCGAAUGUGUACCAGAAUAACUGUUACCUGCAGACUAGUAGAAGGAAUGUUGGAUUGUGAGAUUAGCUUGGAUGUUUUUCUUUUUGACUGGCAAGGACACAAAAGCCUCCCUUUGCAUCAUAAAUGUUCUGUGAUUUCUAUCAGUCUAUAUCUGCCUGUGGAAUAACAGUGCAGCUCUAUUUUAACCUCUUUGAAGGAGCGUGAGGAUUUGUUAAUUGGAAUUUUUUGUUUGCUAUUCUUGUUGGUGAACAGCAGAGGGUGGUGUUGCUUCUCCAAACUUGUUUUAACUGGUCUAAGAAACGUUGAACUGUUUAGGUGGCGACCACUGCUGUCACUCAAAGUGGCAUUUGUUUUUCCCCCCCCUCAUUUGCUAAUGUAAGUUGUGCCUGAAUUAAAUGCAGACACUCUGGAUAUCAUUGUAGUCUUAUUUUAAAGGAAAUAUUAACUGCUCUAAGGAUAUAUAAUGCCACCUGCCAUUAAUGUCCAGAGCUGUACUAUAAAGUAGGCUGUCAGUAAAGAAACCAAGAAAGAAAUUAAAUGAAAAACUUCAGGUCAUAAGAUUUUAAGAAUGAGCAUAUGCAGCGGAUUCUAAUUAAUUGGGACACCUACAUUUUGGUAAGUUGCUGCCACAUUUAAGACUUAAGGUUGUUUAAAGUCAUUUUCAGUGUAAAGGAGGACAAAGUAAUUGUUAGUCUGGAUCCGAUGCCGCACAAAGAACAACACAGUAAUAAUUUUAAAAAUAUAAUAAAUAUAAAUACAUAAGAUAGCAUGUAUAUAUAGAUUAAUCGUAUGUCCAUAAAGUGACACCAGGCACAGGAAACUAUAGAGUAGUGGUUGGGGGUGUGGAAGGGUGGGUUAGUAGGUGGAGAUGUUGAUCAGCCUUACUGUUUGGGGUAAGUAAUUUUAUGAGUGUCUGGUAGUCCUGGUGUUGCUAUGCAGCCUCCUCCCUGAUAGGAGUGGAACAAACAGUCUACGAUCAGGGUUGGGGUGGAGCGGGAACCUUCAUGAUGUUACUGGCCCUUUUCCAGCAUCUUUCUAGUGUGUAUGCCCUUGAUGCUGGGUAGGCUGUUGCCACUGAUGCAACAGGCAUUUUUGACUACCCAUUAUAAAACCCUUUUGUCCGCCGCAGUCCAGUUUCCAUUCCAUGAAUGAUGCAGCAUGUUUGGAUGCCCUCUACUGUGCAUCUGAGGCAUGAUAUGAGACAUGCUCUGUUCUUCAGCCUCCUCAGAAAGUAGAGGCGUUGGUGAGCUUUCCUGAUUGUGUACAAUGUGUCCUGGUAGCAUGAGAGUUGUGCACUGCCAGGAGUUUAAAACUGCUCGCAGUUUCCGCUGCUGAACCGCCAGUGCAAAGAGGGGUGUGGGUGUUGCGAGUUCUCCUGAAGUCGUUAACCAUCUCGUUUGUCUUGUUGACAUUUGCCUGUCACCAGGUUUUGAGCUAUUCCACCUCCUCUCUGUAGGCUGUCUCAUGACUGUUGGUGAUGAGUCCCACAACUGUCCUGUCAUUGAUGAACUUGGCAAUGUGAUUGCCCGUGUAUUUGGUCAUACGGUCACGUGUACAACAGUGGGCUCAGCACACGGCCCUGGGGGGGGGGCACCUGCGUUGAGGAUGGGGAGGGAGGAGCAGUUGUGUAUCCUGACUAUCUAAGAUCCGUUGGUUAGGAAGUCCAACAGUGGGGCAUUUAGACCGAGAAGUUUGUUCACCAAGGUCUGUGAGACAAUAGUGUUGAAUGCCCAGAUGAAAUCCAGGGACUGCUUUCUGACGUUUACGUCCUUGUUUUCUAGGUGUGUCAGGGCCAGGUGCGUGACAGGUGCUGUGUUGGUGAGGGUCCAGUGUGGCAGGAAUGGAGUUUGUGAUGUGUACUAUUAUCAGCCGUUCAAAGCACCUCAUGAUGAUUGGCAUCAGUUGCACUGGUGGUGGUUGUUCAGUUCUGAAGGUGAAGAGUUUCUUUGGUACAGGGGUGACGGUGGCUAAUUUGAAGCAUGUGUGGUCAAUAUGGAUGAGUGACGUGCUGAAGAUGUUAGUGAGCUGGUGAGCACAUGCCUGGUGUGCUCAGCCAGGGAUGUUGUCUGGCCCAGCUGCCUUACAGGAAUUGACUCUGUAGAGUUCUGUUGUCUGCUGCUGUUACAGAUGGUUCACUUGGGAGGAGGGUAGCUGUCGUGGCUGGCAUUGUGUUGCAUUCCUCGAAGCGUGCAUAGAAGUUGUUUAGGGUGUCAGGGAGGGAAGCGUCACUAGUGAUUUUACUUGUGUAGUCAGUAAUGCCCUUGAUAGCCAGCCACAGGUGCCGGGGAUCAUUAUUAGAUGUUCCUGAAUUUUUGAGCAUAGGUGGUCUCUGCCCUCUUGAUGCCUACAAUAAGAUUUCCCCUGGCUGUUCUGAGAGCUGUUCUGUCAAAAGGAUUGCAGGCAGCGCCCCGGGCUUUUAGUAGGGAGCACAUCUCAGUAUUCAGCCAGGGGUUCUGCUUGGACUGUGAGCUAACCGUUCUUGAAGUACUAAUGUCGUCUAUAAACUUACUGAUGUAGCUGGUGUAUAGAUGAGGCCUAUUCUUUAACGAUAGUCUCUUCUGUAUCUGUGGGGGCCUCUUUGAACAUCUUCCAGUUAGUCUAUUUGGAAUAGUCCUGAAGCAUAGGGAUUACCUAAUUAGGUGAUGGUCCUCUUGUUUCUAUAAGUUUCAUGGAAGCCGGUUUCAUGGAAAUGGAUAAAAAUGUAUUAAAAAAAACGCAAACUACCAUUUAACUGAGUAGCACGUCAAGUAUUUAAAUGAAAUACAAAUUGAGUUAGAACAGUACCAAUACUACAGCAGUACUGUAAAAAUGUGUGUUAGUUCCUAAUAGUUAUCGAUAUAGGAAUUCAUCCCAUAUACACUGCCAUGUUCCUUUGAUUGACUAAAUGAACAAAAUCAGUGCAGACACCUAGUGCCGUUAAUGGACUGCUUCAUUGCCAUCCAGCAUGAAGUAGCGUCAUCAUCCAACAGUACCUUUCCUGGCAUCCUGUGUAGUCAUUAGCUCAAGUGCAGGCAGUUGUGUAAACUUUUUUUCGUUUGGUUAGUGUAGAUUCUUCUCCUGGCAUCUUGGCCAGGGUCUGAAAUUUUUAGAAGACAAAAUGAUCAAAAGUCGUUGCUUUUGGAAUUGGUAUCCAUUGGCCCAAAUGGAAAAAUGCAACACAAGAGCAGGCAACUGACGCUGUUUAAAAACUGUUUUCUCUAAGUACGGUGUACUGUCUAAUGGCCACACAGGUGCACCUGGCCGUCUCUACUUAGAAGUAGUUUGGCAGCAGUCUCCUAUCUCAAAUAAGCGGCAUAGUGUCCCAAAUAAACGCAGGGAAUCCCGGCUGUUUUAAAGGUCAGUUCUUGUUCUUUAAGAGUUGUCCCAAAUCAGUGGCUGUCAAUUAACUGAUGGCCUAAUUAACCAGAAUCCUGUAUAUUUAAUGCUUAGAUUCACUAUUUAUAUUUUAAUACAAUAUUUGCUUCUGUUUAAGGAAACUAAUGCCCAAAUAAAGGUGGUGCAGUCUGAUAGGUCACACAGCUGUCUUCACUUGCAAUUACACCAUAAAUCUGUGGCACAUUAUCAUCUGCUGCUGCCUACUGUAAGACAUGAGAGAUGCAGUGUGUCCCAUUCACCAUCUGGGUUGACGUGUCCCCUGUUUGUAUUGCAACUGACAAUUUCACCUGCCAGCUUGGCAUUACCUUUGGCAUGAGUCCUGUAGUCAGGAGGAUAUGGCUAUUGAUCCAGCAAGAAAUAUUUGUUCUUCUCAUUUUUCUAACCGUGAAUCACCUGUCAAGCUGGAUGUCUGUCAAUGUGCCGGGAGCACAUCUUCUCUGCCUAAAAUCUCAUGGGUUUUUAGCAGGGGUCUUGUUUAUUAACCAACUGCACCAGAGGUUUGUUCUGGAAUGGUAUUAUUCCCAUUUGAGGAUCUUAAAACAUAACCAGCAGCUCUGUUUGUUUAUUCCACUUACUGAAGAAACAGAAGAGAUCCCGUCUCCUACGUAACUUCCUCAUCUCUGGCUCCACUUUCUCUCUUACUCCUAAUCUAUUAGGAUAAACUAAACAGGAUAGUCAGAUGGCUGCUUGCAUCUAAUAAGUUUGCAGCGUCUACCUAACCUCACAUCAUCUCCAAUUUAAAUCUAUGGGCGAUUAGAAUACCGAAUGACAGGAAAGGGGAUUCAAAACUUGCUCUUCCCUCCAGUUAAAAUACAGUCAUUAGAGAUUGUCUCCAGCAUUCUGCCUGCCUGGGGACCAAUGAUAAGUGAACCCCUCCCUUACAGAGGAACAGCCUCGUGCUCUCUUCAUCAACUGUAGGCUCCCCAUAUGUUGUUUGGGAUGUGUUUAAGCCUUAGAGCAAUCGAUAACUGUUCAUGUUACACGUGGCAGCCUUGUAAACAAAUUAUUUCUGAAUAUAUUUAUGAUGGUGCUAAAGAACAACUUAAGUACUCAAGAUUUAUGAAAUAUCAGUUAUUUUAUGACAUUUAAUUUCUGCAUAAAGUGCAUGUUGCUGCAUGUUCUAUUUUUAUAUGUUGCUUCUGGUCAGUGGUGAACUCAGAGUGUGGCUGUCUGAUGUGUGAGUCUCUCCGCGGGAGUUACUCAGCAGUUCCAUUUCUCCACUGUUCAUGGAAGUUUUCUUAUGAAAAAAAUAUUUCUUUAUAUACAUUUUUAAAGAUAGCACUGUUUGAGAAAAUGCUGAAAUGUUUAUGAUACAGACAGUACGAUCAAUAGCUAAGCCACUCUGUUGCUGAUUGUCAGCAGAUAUCAAUGUUACACUGUGGGUAAGCUGUUCACUCGAGCAACACGAUGGGAGAUGACCAUAAAAAGUCAAAAUAAAUAUGCUGAGAACGUGAUGUGUUUCUGACACCAGCCUCUGUGGUUUUUAUAAGUUGGUAUACAGAGGAGCCGGUUUCUUCAUAAGACUGAUCAGUAGACUGUCCAUGUACGCCACCACAAGCACAGAAAUAAACACAAUGGAAUUGGGUAAAGCCGUUUCAUUAUCCUCAGGGAUAUUUGUAGCAAAGUGUUUUUUUUCUCUGAUGGAAAUUAUGCACGAGUUAUUUAAAAGAUUUCUACCAGACCGAGGCAGAGAAUCCAAGAAUAUUUAAAAGGAAUAAAAGUUUGUGCUCUACUCCUGUUCCUGGUGGUUGAGCUGUUGCAAGCCAGUGCUGUAAGAACAUGCAGCUGAUGUUUCCUGUUCUCGUGGAAUCAUAGAAGACUACAUCACAGAAAUAAGCCCCUCAGCCCAUCUAGUCCGGGCUGAACUAUUACUCUGCUUAGUCUCAUCAAUCUGCAGUUGGACCAUGGCCCUCCAUACUGUCCCAUCCAAUAUCUCUUAAAUGUUGAAAUCGAAACCACAGUCACCACCUCCACUGGCAGCUUAUUCCACACCCUCACCACCUUCUGACUGAAGAGGUUCCCCCAUCAUGCUCCCCUUAAACAUUUCACCUUUUACCCUUAACCCCAUGACCUCUAGUUCGAGUCUCACCCACCUCAGUGGAAAGAGCUUGCAUUUACCCUAUCUAUACCCCUCAUUAUUUUGAAUACCUCUAUCAAAUCUCCCCUCAUUCUGUGCUGUAGGGAAUAAAAUCCUAGCCUGUUCAACCCUUCCAAAUAACUCGGGUCUCAAGAACCGGCAACAUCCUUCUAAAUUUUCUCACCUUACUGAUAUCUUUACUGUAGGUAGGUGACCACAACUGCACACAAUACAACAAAUUAGGCAAAGGAAAUCGUCAUUGGAAACCAAAGCAACAGCACUGAUCUACCAAUGUUGAACUCCAGAACCACUACUAAAGUAGUAAGCUGUUCAUGAUUUUGAUAGUAGUUCGACUGAGGGCAUGUCAACAUUCUCAACAGUCAGUGUGUCAUAUUUGGCAAUGUGUACCAAGGUGUUAGCAUUCCUGUCUGCCUGUUCUGAGAGACACUUGGAAAUGCUACCUUCUGACAGUCUGGGUCAUUUGAGUAACAAGUCUGAGGCCUUAAAACAAGUCUGCAAUUACCUUGCAGUGCAGAAGUAGCAUCUCUGGCAACUGAUGAUCAGUUCUGGCCUGAAGUGUAGUCAAGCUCGAGUUUAUUAUUGUAUGUACAAGUACAUGUGUCCACUGGUACAGUGGAAAGCUUUCUUGCCUUUCAUGCAUGGGUUGGUAAAUCUCACUCAGUCAUCAGCAUUCUAGCCUCUCUGUUUUGGAAGUUCUGGGUUUAAACUCCAAACUUAAUGCCGAGUUAGUGCCGUACUGCGGGUGCAUCACAUCGUUGCAGAGAUGGGAGGAGUGAAGAAAAAUAGUUUCGAUGUCUCGCUCUGAAACCCAUGGCGAGCCUUGACUGUCAGCAACAAAUUGCAUUGUUAUUCACAUGCUGUGAGAUUCUGACGCAAAUUAACUAUGUGUGUGUCUACAUUGCAGUAACGCCAAAAAGCAAUUAAUGUAACCCUCUUUCUUAAAAGGUUAUCUUAAGGUUGUAAUAAUGUGCUAUUUAAGGAGUAGUCUAAUACAAGGUACACUACAAUAUGUUAAUGACGUGAUUAAUAUGAUCUGUUCACAGAGAAAUGGCAGGACAUAAUUGAACUGCUAAUCAUUUCUCUUACUUUGUGAGUAAGUUGAGGCUGGUAGGUAGCUGAACCACUUCUUUUUUAAAAUAAUUGGCUUCAUGCCUGCAAGCCUUUGCACGUCUCAGCUACUGAAUGGAAUCCAGACAUAUCCCCAGUGAAAGGGCGGGGAAUCAGAAAGUAGUCACUCCCUCACGUGUAUCUCCUGGUGAACAGCCGCACAGCAUUAACAGGGACCUGGAUGUAGCAGUGCACACCAGGCUUCCGAAGAGGAAAGAUACCAGACAUAAACUCAAAAUUAGAAAAACAGCAAGGUGUUUGAAUAGACACUGUAUUAUGUAUGUAUCCUGAAUUUUUUUUUAUGAUGGAAGUUUUUAAUUGCUUGUAUUUUAUACCAAACAGUGGAAUCUGCAAAUUAAAAAAAAACAUGACUUAG